AUGUUCGGUCAUCACAUCCUCACCACGGCCCUCGCCGUCAGCAACCUCGGCCUUGCCACGGCCCGAGUUGCCAACAUCAUGAUGCCGGCCUGCAACGCCGAGCAGGCUCUGGCUGAAGCAAAGGCUCUUGCCGCUCGUGACGCCUCUGACGUUACUACUGUUACCGUCACAGUCACAGCCUCGGCCACUACUACCAUUACCCUGACUGGUGCCGGUGCUGUCGUGACUAUCACCACCGUUACCCCGUGUGCCACUGUCACUCAGACCGUGCCGGUCCCCAUACCUGAGAGCAGCACUACGGAGAUCCUUCCCCCUCCGCCUGCUACGGAGCCGUCCACCACUGAGUUCGUCACCCAGACAUCUACUUUGACCCAGACGUUCACCUCGACCUUCACCAGCGGCACUGAGACCAUCACUACAACCUUCACCAGCAUUCCUGGCGUUACUGAGACCUCAACCAACAGUCUGGCUCCUCCGAUCUCUCCUGAUACUACCAUCACCAGUCUAUUGGUUUCCUCAACCACGUCGACUGCCUCUAAUCCUCCUACGUCUACCCCGGCUAGCGCUGGUGCUGGCUCCAACAAGGUUGGCAACCUGGUUGGCAUCGGAGCCAUGAUGUUUGGUAUGAUGGUUGUUUGA